ACUACUAAUCCCUCUCUUCCAACGGUCAUAAAAACGUUCAUUCUUCUUAUAACGGUUACAUUCUGACACAACAAAUACUCUUUCUCUCUCUAACAAUUCACAAUCUCUUGCCCUCACUUCCAGGGCUUCUUGUUUCUCUCUCUAAAAACCCUUAAAACCCUGAAACAAUUCCUUUUCUUGAUUGAAUUUUCUUAUUUGGCAGUGAUAUUCAAGAAUGGAACCAGCUAAAAUAGACUGGAAGAAGGUGGAGUCAGUGUUUGUUGAAGAUAAAUUGUAUGAAACUAUUAGUGCACCCAAAUGGGUUGAUUUCUUGAACCCUCAAGAUGAUGAUGAUUCUUUCAACGAUGAGGCUUGGUUUUGCAGACCUGAUUGUAAUCAUCCUAAGACGGUUGAGGAUUUUCUUAGAACAGCUACUCCAAAUUCAAAGCUUUCUAAAUCCCCUCUUGGCAGCUGGAAUCUAAGGGAUGGAAAAUUGAAGUGGAGAGGGCAAAAUCAGUCUCCAGUCACACCUAGUGAUAGAUUUAAGUUUAAUGAAGACGGUGAAAACCAGAACCCGAAUUUGUCAAAACCUCCGAGUUACCAAGCUAAGUCCAUGAAAUCGAUAAUUAAAUCAAGUACUGAAAAGAAAAGAGCAGUUGAUGAUAUCUCACUAACCAAAGAAGCACCGAGGCUGAAAAGCACGUUAUCUGCGAGGAAUUUGUUUGCGGGGAAGGAUAUUCUAGGUCAUAUUAGUGAGUUUUGUAAUGAAUUGAAGAAGAUGGCGAUGAGAACUAAAGAAAAAGAGAAUGGUGAGAAGGAGAGCCAAGUGGGAGAGAAGAUAGAAGUUGUUGUGGUUAGUGAGGUUCCUAAAGAGAGGAAGCCUUUGCUUGAAAUGGGUAGAGAGAAAUCUGAAGGAAUUGAGAAAGGAAGUAGCAAAGAGAAGCUAAGGAGGAAGAAAGCAAUGGAUGAUGCAGAAAAUAUUCCAGUCCCUUUAAAGUUGGGAAAUGUAAAGCAUAAAGGAGAGGAGCGGUUGUUGCAAAUUCGGACCAAUCCUCCUUCCCCUCAAUGCUUUUCUGCGACGCGUGCUCCCACCAAAAUCACCCCUUCAAAGUCUUCAAAACCCAGAGUUAUGGAGAGAGGCAUUCUUCAGGAAGUGAAGCAAAAUAAGGAAGCGGCGAAGGAAGAAUCCGACGACAGAGGAAGAAACUUUUCCGUUGUGGAUGGAAGAGAAGCAAAAGCUUUGGAUGUAUUCUGGUUCCUCAAGCCCUGCACAUUGUCCAGCUAAUUCAUUCAUUCUUUCUUUUUAUUCUUUCAUUGUGUCCACUUGAAACUCAAUUCAUUCUUUCAUUUAUUCUUCUUAUUCGUAGGGUCUAUAGUAUACACCUUCACAUCCAUAGUCUUUACUUAGAAUGAUUCUUUUGAUGUCAAUAAGAUGAACUGUAAUUAAACAUUCUAUUAGCUCUAGCAGAGAAUUCAUUUCACUAAAUAAAGUACGGAAACUUAUUGAAUCCUA